GUGUUAGGGUUUUUGAUUUCUGUCUGUGCGGGAUGAUUUAGGGAUGUGUGACGGGAUGGGAGUGGGUUCAGGUUCUUUUCUGUGAUACAGGAACGUGGAAAGGAAAUGUCAUUGUUCAAGGAUGGAGGGAUGCUGAAUGUGCUGUUCCGGCAUUGGCCAGAGGUGAUGUAAUACCCUCUAAAUAAUGCAUGGCCUUAAGAAAGUGAAAGACCAUGAGCCAGAAAGCACAGGCAGAGGAAAUCGAUGUCUGUGUGAGAGAGAGGGAAACCUACAAGAAUCUGGGAAGAAGACAGGUUCUUACGGGGAAAGUCAUAGCAACAGAUCGUGGAGAACCUCAUCCAGGGACAACGCGAUGAUCUGACCACAUCAGUUCCCAGGAUGUUGAAGCCGUGGAUGGUCCAUUGCUCCUUGCACCAUAUUUCAGUCCCUUUCAUUGAGAUCUUGCUGCCUCCCGACUUGAAUGCAUGCAACACCUAGGAGAAACAACACCACAAUGGGAUUGAACCAUUCUUAGCUAAAACUUUUCUUUAAACAGACAGAGCGAUUGUUGGCACAUCAACACACCAUGUCUUAUUAACAGUGUCUGGAAGGGAUUCCAGGCUUCGAGGAAAGACCGUCUUGCCAGGCUGCUUUUUGAGCCUAGACGGCAGAUGGUUCAUCUUUGCGGUCUUGAGGCCUGUGGAUCCUCUACUUCUAAAGUUCACAAGUAUAAGCGUUCGCAGUCCUCCAGCUCUUCUCCGGUACAUAAACUGUGGAGGUCAUGGAGGGAUCAGAGGGUGAGGACAUCAGUCCAGCCUUAGAGGCGACCGAGGACUACCUGCACUGCUUGGGCAGCGGUCAAGAAUCUGGACAAAUUUGCCCUCCCAAGCUAAAAGAGGUUUCGACUCUGGACAAAUUGACUUCCAGUGGGGUAUGGGGCUUGCUGGGUGGGGAACAGCCCGAGAUAUCAUCUCACAACCUGGCCUGGGCCGAACAAACUUCUUUUAGCGUGCUGGGCCUAAAUAAUGGAAAGAGGAACCGAGCCCGCUCCACUAAUGAUUUGGCCGCCCAUGCCAAAGAAACCAACUCGAGCUGUUCAUCCAGCGGGGGGUUCAAACGAGGCCACAACAGGUCACGGUCAGAUGUCAACUAUCGGACGUACACGGAUAACGGCGUUCCAGCCAUCGACAAGAACACGCUUAAGAACAUGGCAUUAAACGAUCAGAUGCAAGGUAAUAAAGAGAGCACCACUAGUCUAAUAAAACAGGGGAUCUUGGAGCACAGGGAGGGUCCUUGGGGCCGCUGGAAUACCUGCCAUGUGGAGCUCACGCCCUGCGAGCUGCGGGUCUACAGCCUGGACAGCAGUGGGAACAGGCAGCUGUGUACAGCCCUGUCACUGUCCCACUGCCAGAGUGUGGGUGCGCCUCAGCCUCAGCCUCAGGAUGGGCGCGUGCUCCAGGCCCUUUUCUUCAACAGCACUCGAUUGCAGCUUCGCGCUCCCUGCCAGUGGGAGGCCCUGGAAUGGCGCCGGCUCCUUUGGGAACGUGUCCUGGUCGCUCGUCCAGCUCAUCAUCACGGCGAAUCGUCAUCUACCGCUUCUCCAGAUCCCCAUGAACUCGAUCCCAGCGUGGUCUCCUUGCCAACCUCUCGUCCGCUAGUCCGUCCCAAGGCCCUGCCCUUGUUUACCAAGCACUGCGCGGAUGUUCUCAAAGUUGGCCUCCUCUACCAACCCAGCGACCUCAACAACUGGAGCGCCUUCACCUUCGUGCUUAGUCGCACCCAUCUGCAGGCCUUCCAAACCGAGGGCCGAGGGCCAGUGUGUGAGCCCGUACUGCGGUGCGCACUGGCUUCCUGCUUGGCCGUGCAGCGGGAUGACGCCGACGUAGGAGGCUGUGCCCGGUUCCAAGCCGUCUUUCCAGAUGAGGUGCUGCGUCUCCGGGCUGAGAACGAGCCCCAGGCCCAGGACUGGGUGGAGGCCCUGCGCACAGCUGUGGCCGCCCAGAGACCUCAAGGGGAGAACAGCCGUAUAGCGCCAUCAGGAGUUCUGAUGAGGAGCCGGCCAGCCCGGGAACGUCGGCAAAGGGAGGCCCAGAGAGCCAAGCGCCAGUCUGUUACAACAAGCUUCCUGAGCAUUCUCACGUGUUUGGCUGUGGAGAAGGGUCUGACUGCUCAAAGCUUCAGAUGUGCAGGAUGUCAAAGGCCAGUGGGUUUGUCACGAGGCAAGGCAAAGGUUUGCUGCUACAGCGGAUGGUACUAUUGCCAGAGCUGCCACCAGGACAACCUCUUCCUUAUUCCCGCUCGACUGCUGCAUAACUGGGACACGAGCAGACAUAAGGUGUCCAAGCAAGCUAAGGAGUUUCUGGAGUUUGUAUACGAGGAGCCCUUGCUGGAUGUGCACCAGUUGAACCCAGGCCUGUAUGAACACUCGGAGCCCCUAGCCGCCGUGCUCAAGCUGCGGCAGCAACUUAAGUCUCUCAGGGCUUACUUAUUCAGCUGCCGGGCCACAGUAGCCGAGGAUCUACGUCGCAGGAUUUUUCCAAGGGAAUAUCUGUUACAGCACAUUCAUCUGUACUCACUGGCCGACCUCCAGCAGGUAAUAGAUGGGAAGUUGGCUCCUUUCCUCUCUAAAGUGAUCAAGUUUGCCAGUUCCCACGUGUACAGCUGCAGUCUGUGUCGGGAGAAGGGCUUCAUCUGUGAGCUCUGCCACAACGGCCAGAUCCUCUACCCUUUCCAGGAGAAUGCCACCAAGAGGUGCGAGGGAUGCGGCGCAGUGUUCCACACCGAGUGUCGAAUGCGUGCCCAGCCUUGUCCACGCUGCGUUCGUCGAGAGCUGCACAAGAAACCCUCUUCGUUCUGGAAGAAGCACAACCACAGCGAGAGCCCCGACGACGACUGCUGCUUCGAUCUGGACACCUGAGCCAAAGCUUUGAGAGCGAGGGAGGCUGCCUCCCAGCUGGGCUGCUCGAGCAGGCCUGCUUUACUAACCAACAGCCAACUGCUGCUGAGUCUCUGCAUGUGUACAUCCACUCUGUGGGCCAUGUAGAAGAGCUCUGUGUUUGUCGACAAGGAACAGAAGGGUCUUAUUGUUUUUUUGUUUUUUUUUGUUUGUUUAGUUGUUUGUUUUUUUUCUCUGUCUCUCUCUCUCUCUCUCCUCCUCUCCUCCUUCUCUCCUCCUCUCACCUGAGAGAGCGGGGGGACACAGACAAUACUUCAGUCCCUGAAGAGGAGAGCUUUCAUAAUGAUACCAAUUUGCCCUCUCCUUUCAUCUACCAAAUGACAGCCGGGCCAACCGGCAAAUGCGGAACCGAGUGGAGUACUCUCUCAUACUAGCGUGUAAACACACUCUAGCAGUCUGACGCAAAAUAAUGCAGUCUCUGGAAAUCCAGGGCCAAAUCAUUUUCUCCGUACAACGGAGCAUCUAAUCCAUUAAUGGCCACGCUACAAUCGGAUGUCGGAAAUCACAUCUAGGAGAAAAGUCUUCGAAGUUAUUAUUCAACCUAUAGACUCAGCAUGAACAUCCACAUUACACUUGACUGUCUUCCUCUCUGCGUUCCUGCACAACUUCUGUGAUCAGUCUAUUCAGUAAAGAAAAGGGGUAUUUACUUGUUUUCUUACACUGGUUUGGUUAUAUACAUUGGAGAAAGCUUGGUGCCAUAACUACUACUGGAGAGAGAACUAAGCCUUAGGGGAAGCCCCUGUGUGUGUUUGUGUGUGUGGGGGUUUUUUUGUUCGUUUUUUGUUUUUAGAGAGGAUCAUAAUGUCAUGCACCCAAAACAUGCACAAUGGUUUGGACUCCUGUGACGUUCUUGGCUCAUUCUAGUCAAAGCCAGCCUUCAGAGAGGUUGGCUUCUCAUCCUGUACAGCUGGAACUGAAGUUUAUCGCCACUGCCUAUAUGCAGCUGAGCUACGGUCCCUUUGCCAGCCGCUGGCUUUUUGAUUACAAACUUUCCUCGGCCACAAGGUCCCAAAUUAUAGUCCAUAGAGCUGAGGCUUUGUUUAGCCUUGGUAGACCCAGUUCAACAGGGAUCGCAGGGAAAACCCGCCUGCUGACGGGCUCGUUACUCACUUCGUCAGCCCCCUGCCGCAGGAUUGGAUCCGUAUCAGUCGCUUGUCUCACUGGGUGUGCGUUCACACUCCAUUUUCCGGCUACUUGAACUAAGCACUGGCAAUAAUAUCGCUCAUUUUGCUUCUUCAUUUUUUUUGCUGCCUUAUUUGACCUACUGGUUCUCAUCUCGUUUUCCAAAGGGACAAUGCUUAGACAAUGCACAAUGACGACAUGCUUUGUUUGCCUGAAAUUCUUGUUGUUUUUUAUCCCCCCUAUGCAAAUUAAAUAGCCUAAGUCACCACUUUCAUGUGCUUAAGAAAUCCCCAAACUUUUUAUUCUCAUAAUUUUUUUUUUCUUUUUUGCAAACAUAGAGGCAAAGUCAGGAUCAGCAUUUAGCUGCUUCUCUCCAGACACCGUACCAGCAAUUUGUUUUUGUUUUUUUCCCGCAGAUUCUGUAAUGGAUAAAACUAUUUAUUGUUCUGAUUUGUGUGCAGCCAUGAUGCAUAGAUGAAGUCUACAGGAAUUACGAAGUUUUUUUCUUGUUAUAAUGUUGAAUUAUGUUUCGUAUUUUUGUUUUAUUUAUUGUAUUGGAAAACCUGUUUACAUCAUGUGUUUCACUGAGAGCAGCUCCUUCUUUUUCUUUGACAUUUGCACCUAGACUAAGUUCUGUUGACUUUUAAUACAGUCAAAGGAAUACGGACGGAUGCAUGUGGUUACUGGAAAACCUGAAGAUUUAUUGUGCCACUUGUUAGUAAUUGCUCUAAAUUUGACUGUAUUAAUUAAACCUCUUUCUCGUACACACUUUGCCUGCCUUAAACUAAAAGCCUAAGCAUCCAUCUGCCUGUUGAUAAUCAUCUGUUCUUGUACAUUAGUAAGACAGUAAUGCAGUUUGUUUGGAGACUAAUGGGUUUUCAUCAUCUAAUCGGUAGUUCGGAAAGAAAACUGUACAAACUAUUGAUUGUACAGUGCUUUUGCUUGGUAGAUCCAUGUCUUUUGCUGAAAUUGGGGAGUUUCUCAGCAAGUUUGCACAAAUCACUGGCAGUAUGAUUAUCUGCCACAUCACAAAGCCUGUUCUGGCACUUUUAUGGUAUCCCAUUUAAUGUGUUAAGAUUGACAGAUUGUUUGUUGUGAAUAUAUCGAUUUAGCAGAGUUGCACUAGUUAGUCGAAGAAAAGUUUAGCCAGAUGUGUAGCAAAUUAGAGGGAAAAACAAAAUGAAAUGUCUUGGUAAGCAAAUUCUCUAGAACUGUACUGGAGUGUUUAGAACCAAGUUUUUCCAUCAGUUUGUGAUGAUGAUGAUGAUGAUGUCACUUCUAACACGUCACUCCAAAAUCUCUCAUAGGUGUCCAGUUGAGUUAAGGUCUAAUGAGCAUGAUUUACAUUCUUCAUCUGAACAAAACAUUCAGUGAGUCCUCGUGACCUGUAAAGUAGGCGGGGUCAGUAUGGAAGAGACCACUCCCAUCAGGUUGGAAAUAGUCAUGAUAGGAUAAAGAUGAUCAGCCAGACUGUUUGUUGUUGUUUUUCCCUUUUAAUUUGUUGCUCAUCUAAAAUGUGAGCUUCUAAAAACCAUUAGAAGUAUUUUUUUUCCAUUUCUAACCAUAAACGCUUGACCUUAGCCUAACUUGAAGAUGUUUCACAAUUACUUUCCUAGACUGACCUGAGAUGUCAGGGUUUACCUGUAGACAUAGACCUCUAGUAUUAUUUGUUAGUCUGGUACUUAACUUGUUGUAAAUGUAGCACUGUUGUAAAGAUUUCUUCAGGGAUUUUAAACACACUGAAAACAGUGAUGAGAGAGAGAGAGAAGGUAAAAAAAAAUGAGAUUAGUGAUGUACGUAACUUUUAUUCCUUUCGGUACAACAAAACCUUUUUGUACACCAUUAUUACAGGUGAAACAGGAUCUCCUACUGGUUUUAUCCACCCUGCUGUGCUUUGUUGUAUAUAAUUCAGUGAUCCAUAUCAGCAGUUGAUUUAAGCAGUAUUUAUUGUAUUUAUGUUCUAUUUAUGUUUGCUGUGUCUGGGCCUGAUUCUGCGUUUUCUUCCUGCUCUGUCAUCCAAAAAAAAAAAAAACUUUACACCACAGACGACCUCUUAUGCAAAUGUGUAAAAAAAAAAAAAAAAAUCUAAAUCUUUCUGUUUUGGCUCCUUUUGUUUUCUUUUUCUCACUGAUACCAUUAAAGUAAG